UCAGGGCGACGGUCUGAAUCGGUGGUGCUGGUUCGGGGGUGUUCCACGACGCGGCAUCCGGAAUGGCGGCGGUGGCGUCGGUUGUGGAGGAGGUGCUGCGGCGGGGUGUAGGGAGCGUGGGGGACGACGACGUGGCCGCGCGCAGGGCGGAGGAGGCCGCAAUAAGAAGGCAUGAUGCAGCCAGUUGGUUGCGAAAAACGGUUGGGGUAGUGUGCGCAAAGGACCUGCCAGAGGAGCCCUCAGAGGAGGAAUUCCAGCUUGGACUAAGAAAUGGCAUUGUCCUCUGCAACGCACUGAAUAAGGUCCAGCCAGGCGCCAUACCUAAGGUUGUCGGAGUGCUGUCAGAAUCAACUGCCCCUGCGGAUGGCCCAGCUUUGUGUGCAUAUCAGUACUUCGAAAAUCUGCGAAAUUUUGUUGUUGCUGUACAAAAUUUUGGCCUCCCAACAUUUGAGGUUUCUGAUUUGGAGAAGGGUGGAAAAAGUGUACGGGUUGUGGACUGUAUUCUUGCUCUGAAGUCAUUCAAUGAAAGCAAGAAAACAGGGAGACAAGCUUCAUGUAAAUAUGGUGGCAUUUUGAAGCCUUUGAUUCCCGGAAAUUAUUUCAUACUGAAGAAUUCUGAUGCCUUCAUGAAUAAGAAUACGAGAAACCACUCAGCAGAAGCAAUCCAGAAUGGUUUUUCAGGGGAGCAAAAUGCAUCUACCGAUUGUUUUCCAGAAUCCAAUGAGUUGUCUACUUCAAACUCGCUUAGCACGCUUGUCCGCGCAGUUCUCUUAGAUAAGAAACCAGAAGAAAUUCCAUUGAUUGUUGAGUCAUUGCUAGGCAAAGUUAUUCAGGAAUAUGAGCAUCGCUUUGCAAACCAGAACUUGCAGUUGGAAUGCACAGGCAACCUGAAAGGAACUGUGCCACUUUAUGGACCUGACAUGCUAUUGGAAUCAGACUAUACUUCCACCAGUGGUCAAGUGAAGAUGGAUGAAGAGAAGCAAAAUAUCUUGCAUGCAAAGGAGGAGAUCGGUUUUGUAGUAAAUGGUAGUAAAACAGCUCAACAGUUCCAACCAGAGGAAGAAAUAAAUUUUGAUCUACAGCACAAACAGAUCAGGGAGUUGAGAGGUACUGUUUCUUCUAUCAAGUCCAGUAUGGAACAAUUGAAAUUGCAGUACUCUGAGGAGUUCAGUAAUCUUGGGAAGCAUUUGUACACUAUAUCCAAUUCUGCUUCUCGAUACCACAAAGUUCUUGAGGAAAACCGCAAAUUAUACAACCAGAUACAGGAUCUUAAAGGAAAUAUUAGAGUUUAUUGUCGCGUGAGGCCUUUCCUACCUGGGCAAAUAAGUUCCUCAAGCAGUGUUGCUGGAAUGGAAGAAAGAACCAUCACAAUAAGCGCUCCUACAAAAUAUGCAAAAGAUGGAACCAAAUCUUUCACUUUCAACAAGGUCUUUGGCCCGGCAGCCACUCAAGAUGAGGUCUUUUCGGAUAUGCAACCAUUGAUACGUUCAGUUCUUGAUGGUUUCAAUGUCUGCAUAUUUGCAUACGGCCAAACAGGAUCAGGGAAGACAUAUACAAUGAGUGGACCUAAAGUUCUAACGGAGGAAAGCUUAGGUGUUAACUAUAGAGCACUAAAUGACUUAUUUAGUCUUCAAGCACAGAGAAAGGGGACAAUCAAUUAUGAUAUCUCUGUACAGAUGAUUGAGAUAUACAACGAGCAAGUGAGAGAUCUCCUUGACGAUAGUGGAAAUAGAAGAUUAGAAAUUAAAAACACUUCACAGAAAGGGCUUGCGGUUCCUGAUGCGAGCAUAGUUCCUGUCACAUCUACGGCUGAUGUUGUUGAAUUGAUGAAUCAAGGCCAAAAGAAUCGUGCAGUGGGUUCAACAGCCAUAAACGACCGAAGUAGCCGCUCCCACAGUUGCUUGACUGUUCAUGUUCAAGGAAGAGAUUUGACAUCCGGGACAAUCUUAAGAGGUUGCAUGCAUCUGGUGGAUCUAGCAGGCAGUGAAAGGGUUGAUAAGUCUGAGGUUGUCGGAGAUAGACUGAAGGAGGCUCAGUACAUAAACAAGUCACUCUCUGCACUGGGAGAUGUGAUUGCAUCCCUUGCCCAAAAGAACUCACAUGUUCCUUACCGUAACAGCAAGCUCACCCAGCUUUUGCAAGAUUCACUAGGAGGACAAGCAAAGACGCUUAUGUUUGUUCACAUAAGCCCUGAACCAGAUGCUGUUGGUGAGACGAUAAGCACCUUAAAGUUUGCUGAACGAGUUGCCUCUGUUGAGCUUGGUGCAGCAAAAGCAAAUAAAGAAAGCAGUGAGGUUAGAGAGCUCAAAGAACAGAUUGCUUGCCUCAAGGCUGCAUUGGCUAAGAAGGAAGGAGAGCCAGAAAACAUUCUAAGCACACAGUCAAGCCCAGGCAUAUACAGAAUUAGAAAAGGCAAUGCAACACCUAUAUUUCCUAAAGAUAGGCAGCCAAUGGAAGAAGUUGGGAACCUAGAGAAGGUCCGGAAUAUUUUCACUCCAAUGCAAAGGAGGUCAAAAUUGAAUUUCUCCGGCAUCCUCACCGAAAACAACUCAUCUAACUCGGUUGAGAAAUGCACUGAUCUUCAGAAGGAAAUGGGAUUAGGGGAUUGGGUUGAUAAGAUGACUAUUGGUGACGACCACUUUGAGAACUCUAAUUCCAUUGUACAGCUGGAGCCCGACACAGCACAGCUUCCAACUUCUUUCUAUCAAAGAUACAGUCCAGUGCAACAAAAUUGUAGAGCUGAAUCACUAAGAUCAGAGGGCCUAUACGGCUUUGAUUCUGCUACUAGCUGUUCCAACCAAGAAAUGGCAAUGUCAACCAUGGGCCUAAAAGCUUCUGGUAUUGCUAAUAGAGGUGUCUCAUCUAUAAAGAAGCCUGAAGUUACACCAAUGAGGAGUACAAAUCCUGCAAGCAAGUCGCCACUACAACAGAAAAAGUUUCAAACACCAACCAGGAAUAGGAACCAGCUAACUUUGAGCAGCAUAGGUGGAAGAAGAACUCCAAAUAGCAAAAUUAACAUUGCAAAGGGAUCAAUUAAUGUGAAGACUGAUUCUGGGCCAAGGUGAAAACAGCAAGACGCCUGAAAGGAGUAUGUUUUUGAAACCCUCCAGAAGGAUCAAUGAUGUAAAUUGGUUCAUGUUUCGAAUUUUCGAUAGGUAAACCAUUUCAUUACAUUAAAAAUGGAAAGAAGAAACCCAAGAUGACAGAAAGAUGGUAAAUGAGGGGAAAUUCAAAUUUGAGACUUGUUUACAUCUUCCAUACUUAGAAAUUACUCUUGUAUUAUGUGUCCAUUAGCCAUGACAGCAUCAAGUGAAUAGUUGCCUGUAAUAGACAUGUGCCAAGUUUACAGUUUUCUGCUGUGACAUGUAUGUUGCCCUGUCUCACAUUAAAUUGUCAGUUACAGAUUGAUUGCAGCAUUUGCACUGCAUAAUAGAGUCAGCCUUCCAUU